GUUUCAACAGCUACAGCCAGAGGUCAACAUGAGCCGCAGUCCAGAGAGGAUGUCCUCAUACCGCCGUCACUUUGAGGGCACCUUGGCCGCCUCGUCUGUCCAACAGCUCCGGGUGUCCAGUCCCUCUCCCACCCGCAGGGACACCCGCCACCGGUCGGUCAGCUUCACCCGGAGUGGAGGGGCGGUGGGGCGCAGGGCCCUCUCCAAUAAGACCCGCAUGACCAGCAGUGCGAGUUUGGGAGCGCUGUGCUUUGGUAUGUCCAUGGGGCUCGGACCAAAACUGGACCUGGAUGCGGCUGCAGCAGAGAACCAGGCCUUUAUGGUGACUCGAACCAAUGAGAGGCAGGAGAUGGUGGCCCUCAAUGAUCGCCUGGCGGCUUACAUUGAAAAGGUGCGAACGCUGGAGUCCCAAAACAAGCUGCUGGAGGUUGAGAUCGAGACCCUGAAGGGUCGCCACCUCCGACCAUCGGGCCUCAGGCAGCUGUACGAGUCUCAGCUGAAGGAACUCAACAGGGAGGCUGGACAGAUGAGAAAUCAGAGGGACAUGUCUGUGGCAGCCAAGGAUGCAAUGCUGGGCCAGUUGGAUGCGCUGAAGGCCAAAUAUGAAGAAGCUGUGGAGGCCCGGAAAAAGACGGAGCACGACAUCGAUUCACUACGUCCAGAUGUGGAUAAAGCCACCUCAGGCCGGAUCACUCUGGAGAAGCACCAGGAGAACCUGGAGACUGAGCUGGCCUUCCUGCAGAGAAUUCACAAGGAGGAAAUUGAGGAGCUCAUGCAGCAGAUCUACUCAGCAACCUCCAGGGUGGACAUCACCUUUGGCCUCCCAGACCUCUCCUCUGCUCUGAGACAGAUUCAGUCUCAGUACGACAGCAUCGCCGCCAAAAACCUGCAGGAAAUGGAUACUUGGUACAAGACAAAGUUUCAGGACCUGACCAACGCCACCACCAAACAUGUUCAGAGUGUUCGAAGCGUGAGAGAGGAAAUCGCAGGCUAUAAGAAGGAUCUCCUCAACAAGGAGCGUGAAUUGGAGGCAAUGAAGACAAGGAACGAGUAUUUGGAGGUUCAGAUCCGUGAUGCAGCUGCGAAAUACAAAAAGGAGGAGGAGGAUUUACAGGAGCGUAUAGAAUCUAUUAAAUUGGAUCUGAAUGUGACGAAGGGGAAGAUAGCUAUGCUGCUGAGGGAAUAUCAGGAACUGCUGAGUGUAAAGAUGGCUCUGGAGAUCGAGAUCACCACCUACAGGAAGCUGAUCGAAGGGGAGGACAGCCGUCUGAGCACCAUGGUUUGUAACCUGUCCCUGACUGGGGGCCUGUCCCUAACUUCCAGUGUUAGUAUGCAAGCGGCCUCAGCUUCAGCUCUAAAAGCAACGACUUCAAAGCUGGAUGAGGUCCCCAGUGACAAGAGCAGCAGCGGGGCUGAGAAGCCGAUAGACGCCGGCAGACCGCGAGUGGAGGUCGUCUCAUCGGACACCCAGACAGAUGGUAGCUUAGGGGAUCAGGCCACAGAGAUGUCGGAGAGGAAGACACUUCUCAUCAGAACAGUUAAGACAGAUGAUGACACGUACGAGAGCAACACACAGGAGCGCACCAUCAUCAUUUCUGGAGCAGCUGAUGACACGGAUGAAGAAUAA